GGAGCAUUACGACAACCGGAAGUGACGUAUAUUUCUUGAGCCGCCGAUGUGACGGCAGAUUUGGCGACUCGCACUAUUGUGUAGAAGAACGUGCGGACUCGUGGGUUGUGUCUCGUGUAAAUCUUUUAAAGAAGUCAUGUUUUUGCAGAUUUAUUUCAAUGAAAACGGGGAUCGGGUGUAUACUUUGAAAAAGGUGGAUGCUAAUGGGCACCCCACAAGUUCGGCACAUCCAGCGCGCUUCUCUCCAGACGACAAGUACUCUCGUCACCGCAUCAUCUUGAAGAAGCGCUUUGGUCAGCUCCUCACUCAGCAGCCUCGCCCAGUGUUAUGAAGCCAGCGAUGGCACAGAUCCAGACAUUUAAAGACUUUAUUCUACACACGUCCUAUUCUCUUUUCCGAAGGAUCGUGAUGGCACAGAGGAUUGGAGCAGCAUAAGGAGGACUUCACCAGUUGGGCUGGAUUUGUGCUGCCCAUUGUUCUCACAUGUAGUGGACGUUAAAAGACAAUACAUUGUCUACCCAGACAUCGCUGAAAUGAAUUGCUGUUGGUUUACAUCUCCGUGAAGUGUGAAUUCCUACAAUAAACGUGUUUUAUUUA